UAAAACAGUUUCAGACGUCUCGCAAAUACUUCAUAAGUUAACAAACAAUGGAUACGAUAAGAAUAUACGACCCAAUUAUGGAGGAGCGCCUGUAGGCGUAAACAUAACAAUGUAUAUAAACGAUAUAAGCGCCGUGUCUGAAGUGAUGAUGGAUUACACUCUAGACUUCUAUAUCCGUCAGCUCUGGACCGAUGAGAGGCUUACCUACAACUCGACGACUGUAUCGCAGCUAAUACUGGGGGCAGAGUUCGCCAAAAAGAUAUGGAUUCCCGACACCUUCUUUAUUAAUGGCAAACAGGUCUCCCUUCACAUCUCCACCACCACCGACUCCAACGUCUUGCUCAGGAUUCAACCAAACGGUCAUAUUCUAUACAGUCUUAGGUUAACGGUUGUACUCUCGUGUCCAAUGGAUUUAAGGAAUUUCCCAAUGGACAGGCAGUUAUGUCAGAUCAAAGUGGCCAGUUAUGGCUAUAGUACUUCCGAUAUUGAUUAUCAUUGGGCGCAAGGCUUUGACACGUUUGGCAUUAGAGACGGACUAUAUUUACCAACUUUUGUCAUUCAAGGCUACCGACGCUUUAAAACAUUCAAAUUAUUGAGCACGGGCAAUUAUACUCGACUGAUAUGUGAGCUGCGAUUUGCGCGAUCAAUCGGCUACUACUUGAACCAGAUCUAUAUCCCAGCCUUUCUAAUUGUGGUCAUAUCAUGGAUGCCAUUCUGGUUGGACAGGGAGGACACACACGCCCGGGUGGGUCUGGGAGUGACCACUGUCUUAACGAUGACAACACUGAUCACCAGUACUAACGAAGCGCUUCCGAAGAUAUCUUAUAUCAAAGCGAUUGACAUCUAUUUGUUCACAUGUUUUCUUAUGGUCUUCGGAUCGCUUAUAGAGUACGCGACUGUCGGCUACUUUGAGUCCUCUGUCAAAGGACUGGACAAGUAUUUGAAUAAUGUUAUCAAUACCUCUAAAGCUACCGGUGAUGAGAAAAGUGCUACUAAUCCCGAGACCGAAGCUAAUGGUGUUGUCGUUAAGCCCAUGAGGACCGGUAUGUUCUUCGAAGUGGUGUCACGUAAAAGCGCCAGUACUACAGACAAGUACUCGCGAUGUGUAUUUCCCGUCGUGUUUGUGGUGUUUAAUGUGAUGUACUGGGUUAUUUACCUGAACCUAUCGCGUGAGACAAUCACUGAUUUAGUUUUGGCUAAAGACUAC